CACGGGAUGCACCACUGCCGCAGCGACCUCUCCACACGUUCCGAUGAUUGCGCUAGAUGCGUCGCGCAAGCUGCUCGCAUACUACAAAAUCUCUGUGGCGGCGCGUCCGGCGGCGCGUUGCUUCUCGAAGGCUGUUUCGUGGAGUAUGAGAACACUAAGUUCCUCGGCGUGGCGAAUAAGACGUUGCUGGCUAGGGUAUGCGGGACACCGUGGGGGUAUAGCUCGGACGAGUUGACUAAGACCAGUAAGAUGGUGAGUUUUGUAGUGGACGCCAAUAGCGUACCUUACAGAGCUUGGAUAGGAAAGGGAUCGCAAGCUGUGGCGCAGUGUACUGGAGACCUUAGUGCGAGUGACUGUAACGACUGUUUGAAGGAAGCGAACAAACAGCUGAAGUCAUUGUGUGGAAUAACCGCAUGGGGUGAAGUUCACUUAGCCAAAUGUUACGUGCGU